CGCCGCCACGCCCGCCACAGGCCGAGGGCCAGUCACCCGCGGGCCGGCGUCCCGCAGCCCUUUGGCGCCCCGCCCCUGCCCCGCCGCGGGACGAAUAACGGUUACGAAGCACUUUCUCGGCCACGGAUUUCUGCUUAGUCACUGUCUUCCAGGAAACAGCUCCCUCAGUUUGGAGUCAACUCUCCCGCGGCGGCCGCAGGAGCCGGAGCUGCAGCCACCAGCGCCUCCCUCCCGGGCCGCCGCUCCGCUGCCGGCCGGCCUCCCCCGGGCCCGAGCGCAGGCCGGGCUCCAGGCGCGAGGAGUCGGCAGCCUCGCGCUCGCCUCUCGGCCUCCCCCGGGCCUCGGGCACCGAGUCCUGUAAGCGGCCGCCUUCCCGCUCGCCCGCCCGCCCGGUAGCCGCUUGGCCCCCUCGGACGGCCGCUGCCAUGGGCACCGACAGCCGCGCGGCCGGGGCGCUCCUGGCGCGGGCCCGCACCCUGCACCUGCAGACCGGGAACCUGCUCAACUGGGGCCGCCUGCGGAAGAAGUGCCCGUCCACGCACAGUGAGGAGCUUCGAGAUUGUAUCCAAAAGACCUUGAAUGAGUGGAGUUCCCAAAUUAGCCCAGAUUCAGUCAGGGAGUUUCCAGAAGUCUUAGAAUGUUCUGCAUCUCAUGCAGUGGAAAAGAUAAAUCCUGAUGAAAGAGAAGAAAUGAAAGUUUCCGCGAAACUGUUCAUUGUAGGAUCAAACUCUUCAUCAUCAACUAGAAAUGCUGUUGACAUGGCCUGUUCAGUCCUUGGAGUAGCACAGCUGGAUUCUGUGAUCAUUGCUUCACCUCCUAUUGAAGAUGGAGUUAAUCUUUCCUUGGAGCAUUUACAGCCUUACUGGGAAGAAUUAGAAAACUUGGUUCAGAGCAAAAAGAUUGUUGCUAUAGGUACCUCUGAUCUGGACAAAACACAGUUGGAGCAGCUCUAUCAGUGGGCACAGGUAAAACCAAAUAGUAACCAAGUUAAUCUUGCCUCCUGCUGUGUGAUGCCACCUGAUUUGACUGCAUUUGCUAAACAAUUUGACAUACAGCUAUUGACUCACAAUGAUCCAAAAGAACUGCUUUCUGAAGCAAGUUUCCAAGAAGCUCUUCAGGAAAGCAUCCCUGACAUUCAAGCACAUGAGUGGGUGCCUCUGUGGCUACUGAGAUACUCGGUCAUCGUGAAAAGCAGAGGAAUUAUCAAAUCAAAAGGCUACAUUUUACAAGCUAAAAGAAGGGGUUCUUAACUGUUACUUAGGAUCAUAACCUUCUGACCUGUAUUUUCCUUGAAUAUAAGAUAAAAAUGAAAUGUGUAAAAAUCUAGUUACUGCCUGUAAAUGGUGUCAUUAAGGCAGAUGCAGAUAUUCCUUUUUUUUUUUUUGAGGCAGAUAUUCUUUAGUUAUAUUUGACAGUAUGUUGUCUGUCGAGUUUUGAAUACUUCUCUUGCCUCCAUGUCAGUCCACUCACAUAAACCACUGUAUUGUUUUCAUUAAACUAUUGUUUCCUAAUUGAAAUUGUCUAUAAAGAAAAUACUUGCAAUAUAUUUUCCUUUAUUUUUAUGAUUAAUAGAAAUCAAGAAAUUUGUUGUUAGAUAUAUUUUGGCCUAGGUAUCAGGGUAAUGUAUAUACAUAUUUUUUAUUUCCCAAAAAAAUUCAUUAAUUGCUUCUUACUCUACAGAAUAACUAAGCGAUUUAAUUACAAUUUGUUAAAACUGAAAUAUAAUACUGGAAGAUAUUUUUGCUGUCAUCAAUAAAAUAAUUAUAUCUCAGAGUAACUGGAGUAGCUAGGAUUUCCUCUUAGUGUAAAUAAAAUUCAUUCUCCAAUACAUGAAUGGAAACUUAAAUCUUUUUUAUGUGUCCUUGUAGUUUAGCUAUAAUGAUUUAACCAUGUAUUCUUGGACUGUAUUUUCUAUUCUUAUUACUUAUAAAGACAAACCAAAGUAAAUCUGAAAAGAUUAGAAGCUUUGAAGUUAUUGUUUGAGGGUUUUAUAACACUGUUACCUCCAGAUUCUUUUAAAUUCUUGAUCUAUCCUUAGUAAAUUGCUACUCAUUCAAUAAUAUUCAAUAAGUAUUGAACACUUGCCAUGUGCCUGGCAUUAUGGGCUCUGGAGAGAGGACAGAGCACAGAACCAGGAUUAAGAAUCAGUUGAGUAAAAUAUAUGAUAUUUAUUUCAUAUUAAUAACUGAUGAGGAACUAAAAAGGGGGUUUAAAAAAAUUUUAAUUCAGGGCCAAUAUUGUUUGUUUAGACAACUUUGAGAUAUGGUCUUAACUAUUUUAAAGAAGAACAAUAUAAUCAAAACUUUAGAUCUAGAAGAGACUAUAGAUCAUUUAGUAUAAUUCAUUAUUAGUCUAAGAACCAGAAAAUUGAAAAUAAAGCUGUGACUUUAAUACAUAAUAUAGGUUUCCUUAAUUCUAUAAAUUUGUAACUCAAAGAGUUUGAAAAGUUCUUUAAAAAUCUCUUGUAUCUCAAUAUUUUUAAACAAUGGGUCUAUAAAACUAAUUUUGCUCAAGUUUUCUCAACUUAAGAAAAAGAACUAUGAUUCUAUAUUCAAAAUAAAUACAGUAGACCCUUUCCUUAGUAAGAUUUUGUGGUUUGCUGGUUGGAUAAUUUGAUCAUUGAAAUUAUACUGUGAAAUCGGGUGAUUUACCUGCUAAAACUUUUAGACAUUGAGUUACUUAAGCCUUCUAGCUCUUUUUUAUGUAACAUUAGUAAAUAUAUACAGUUAACUUUCAAAUUUGGAAACGUACAACAUUUUUUCAUGUGACAUAAAUCUUUAAACCAAUGUUCAUUUUACUUUAAAUCUAUACAGUGAACUGUCCAAGAUAUUGUAAGUUGAAACUUUAAUAUCACAUUUAUUGCUUUUUAAAACCCUGGACUUAUAAAAAAAUAGAUCGUUUGAAGAGUUAUUUUGAAAGUGGGGGAAAAAAAAACCUUAAUGUUGCUAAUGUAUCCAAAAUUCAGCAGGAACUUUCUUGUGACUUUCCUCCCACACCCAAUUCUUGACAAAGAAGCAAGAUUAUAGAUUCAUUUUGUGAAGGGAAUCAUGUAUUAAACUUUUUAAUGAGUUUUUUUGUUUCACCUCUCUACUCUGAAUUCCUGUUAUUGAAUAACCUUUUCUAAAAAAAUGAUUUUUUAUGGCUUUAUAAUUUUCCAAGCUGAUGUUCACAUCUUUUUUCUUAAACUAUCGCAAUAUAGUGAAUACGUUUCAAAUAUUUAAGGACUUAAUGUUUAAAAAGCCAUAAAAUAGAGUGGCAAUACUACCAAACAAUUGCUUAAAAUUGAAUGCUAAGUUACCAAUAGUUUAUAUAACGGAUGUUUUCUGAGAAGAUACGAAUCCACUGACCCAAGGUAGAAAGAGUUUAUAUAAUUGUUUUUUUUUUUCCAGUAAAUACAAAAAGAAGCUAUAGCAUAUUACAUUUCUAAAAUACACUGGAGCCUUUAACACAGUGUACUGUAACUUGGAAUUUGUCCUGAGUCUAUCUUGAAUUCCCACCCAAAAAUUUGUAGUCACCAGAAAGAACAAGAUAUCUUAUAAAAUACAUUCAUGUGGUGUAAAUUCCAAAGACUAUAUUGUUUCCCAGUACACUAAUAGAGUAUCCAUUUAGGGAUGGCCAUUGCCAGAACUUGAAUCACAAAUAAUAGCUAAUAAUUUUUCAGUUCUCUGACAAAAUCAUUUGGACAGCUAUGUGUAAAAUGGAAAAUAAAAAGUUAUUUUGCACGAAUGGUUCACAAUUUUCUGUAUGACAGCCAAGUAAUUAAAAUUACCUUAAUUUUCAGUGA